UCUCGACUUCGCACCCCUCGUUCACAUCGACAUCCUCCGCUCUCUGAUUGGCUUUCUAUGUGCUAAAUACAGUAUACUAGUAGUGCUAUGGACGCUCACCUGCACAGCUCCCCUUCGCAGGGCAAGAACACUACAUACAAAUGCUACGUGCCACCUUCUCACGCAUUCCUUCCUUCACUUCUCCCACUCUUCUCUCACGCUUCCUCAACUGGGAACGACUGCCAUCCAUUCGCACUCACACCACCCGCACAUCCACCCCUAACCCACGUCGCUCCCAAGCCAGCACCACCACAGCGCUACGCAACGCAACGCAGCGCACCAGUGCUCACUCUACCCUACCACACACACCACCCAAAGCAUCCUCGCCCCCCAAUUCCCUCCCCUCCCCAGACCGCAACAACAACCAUCCCUUCCCUCCCUCUUCUCUUUCUCACCCUCCACCCACAACUCCUUCGCUACCAUAACCAACCUACUCCCCACCCACCCACCACCACCCCUCAUGCUUCCUCCUCCACGACUAUGAGAUUUACCCCACCGCCUUCUACUUCUCGUUCUCCUUUACUGCUACUACUGUAACUGCGAUCGCAUCCGAUUCACCGCUUCGAAUCUUCCUCUUCGCCUGCCGCUUCUGCUCGUGUAUUCUAAACUUCUCGCGAUUGUUUUGUCGCUUGUUUCGCCAUCGCUGCUCGGUCGGCUACUCAUCCUGUUCGAAAUCCACAACAAAACCUGCACCGCAAUAACAACCACAACAACAACCCGCCUCCUCGCCGCUUCGAAGUCGUCAUUACACAA